AUGUCACGAAUCACCGAAACGCCAUCAACACCACCAACACCAACGACGACGGCGGCAGCAAAUUAUGACGAGAAUCUGACGAGUUCAGGAAUCUCAGGAUCCGGCUCGUUGUCGCCGCCCGUCUCAUCGCGACCAUCGUCGGGACACGUGUCGCCGCUCGGCUCGAACGGCUCGCUGUCGCCGCCGCAGUUUGUCGAUGCCGCCGCCGUCGGCACCUAUUCCGAUUCGCCGCGCGACCUCAGCCCGUUGCUUCUUUCGGAGCUCGCUUGUUUGAAUAUGCGCGAGGUCGUCGCGAGACCAGGCGUCGGAAAAAUCGGACGACCGAUUCCGGUCAAAGCCAAUUUUUUUGCCGUCGAUCUCAAAAAUCCGAAAAUGGUCGUAAUGCAGUAUCACGUCGAAAUUCACCAUCCCGGAUGCCGAAAAUUGGACAAGGACGAGACCCGCAUCAUUUUCUGGAAAGUCGUCGCCGAUAAUCCGCUCAUCUUUCGCAACAAAUUCGCACUCGCCUAUGAUGGAGCGCAUCAGCUGUACACGGUGACGAGAUUGGAGUUUCCUGAUGAUAAUGGAUCGGUUCGAAUUGAAUGUGAAGCAAGUUUGCCAAAAGAUAAUCGCGAUCGCACUCGAUGUGCAGUUUCCAUUCAAAAUGUGGGACCAGUUCUGCUUGAAAUGCAACGAACGCGAACGAACAACUUGGACGAGCGAGUGCUCACUCCCAUUCAAAUUCUUGAUAUUAUCUGCCGACAGUCUCUUACAUGUCCACUUUUGAGAAAUUCCUCCAAUUUUUAUACAUGGAAAUCGUCUUGCUAUCGCAUUCCAAGCGGUGGCGGUCAGGCUCUCGAUCUCGAAGGCGGCAAAGAAAUGUGGACGGGUUUCUUUUCCAGUGCUCAUAUCGCCAGCAACUAUCGCCCACUUUUGAAUGUCGAUGUCGCGCACACCGCAUUCUACAAGGCUCGCAUCUCGGUGCUCCAGCUCAUGUGCGAUGUGCUCAAUGAGAAGAGCGGCAAACAAGGAUACGGACGAAGUCCGCCGUCGCGAGGCGGUGGACCGCAUGUGGGCGGCGGUAUGGGAGGCGGUGGAUAUCAGCGAGGUGGACGCGGUGGCGGAAGAGGAGGAUAUGGCAAUUUUGGGAAUCGCGGAAUGCAUCAACCGCAACGCGAUGAAUUUGGACAAUAUGGGCCGCCGAUUUUCACCAUGGACACAUUGACAAAGGACACCCAGCUGUCAAGCUUUGAGGCUCGCGUUUUUGGGGAUGCGAUUCGCGGAAUGAAAAUUCGAGCUACCCAUCGCCCGAACGCUAUUCGCGUCUACAAAGUCAAUUGCCUCCAAUUGCCCGCCGACAAGCUCAUGUUCCAAGGAAUCGAUGAGAACGGUCGGCCAACAAUUUGCUCGGUCGCCGACUACUUUUCUGAGAAAUACGGACCAUUGAAAUACCCGAAACUUCCUUGCCUUCAUGUCGGACCGCCGAAUCGCAACAUCUUCUUGCCAAUGGAGCAUUGUGUUAUUGACUCGCCGCAAAAGUACAACAAAAAGAUGACGGAGAAGCAAACGAGCGCAAUUAUCAAAGCUGCCGCGGUGGAUGCGACCCAAAGAGAAGAACGAAUCAAAGCUCUUGCUUCACAAGCGGCAUUUGAUGUGGAUCCGUUUCUCAAAGAGUUCGGAGUCGCCGUGUCGUCGCAGAUGGUUGAAACUACUGCUCGAGUCAUCCAGCCGCCACCGAUCAUGUUCGGAGGAAACAAUCGCGCCGUCAAUCAGAUCGUGUUCCCCAAGGAUGGCUCAUGGUCGAUGGAUAAUCAGACGCUUUACAUGCCAGCAACGUGCCGCAGCUAUUCGAUGAUCGCUCUUGUCGAUCCUCGCGAUCAAACUACUCUUCAGAACUUUUGCCAAGCAUUGACCUCAAAAGCCACGCAAAUGGGAAUGACGUUUCCCAGAUGGCCGGAUCUUGUGAAGUAUGGACGAACGAAGGAGGAUGUUUGCGUGUUGUUCACUGAAAUCGCCGACGAAUACCGCAUCACGAACACGGUGUGCGAUUGCGUCAUUGUUGUGCUCGUUUCGAAGAACUCGGAUAUCUACAUGACGGUGAAGGAGCAAUCCGACAUUGUUCACGGAAUCAUGUCGCAAUGCGUUUUGAUGAAGAAUGUGAUGCGUCCAUCGCCGGCCACUUGCGCGAAUAUUGUGCUCAAGCUCAACAUGAAGCUUGGAGGAAUUAAUAGCCGAAUUGUCGCUGAUCAGAUCACCAACAAAUAUCUCAUUGAUCAACCGACGAUGGUUGUUGGAAUUGACGUCACUCAUCCGACGCAAGCCGAAAUGCGCAUGAAUAUGCCGUCUGUGGCUGCGAUUGUCGCCAAUGUCGAUUUGCUCCCUCAAUCAUACGGAGCGAAUGUGAAGGUUCAGAAGAAGUGUCGAGAAUCGGUAGUUUAUUUGCUCGAUGCCAUCCGUGAAAGAAUUAUAACUUUCUAUCGACAUACGAAGCAAAAACCAGCGAGAAUCAUUGUUUAUCGCGACGGCGUCUCGGAAGGACAAUUCGCCGAGGUGCUCCGCGAGGAGAUUCAAUCGAUUCGCACCGCAUGCCUGGCGAUUUCUGAAGACUUCCGUCCUCCGAUCACCUACAUUGUUGUCCAGAAGCGCCAUCACGCUAGAAUGUUCUGUAAGAACCCUGGUGAUAUGGUCGGUCGUGCUAAGAAUGUGCCGCCGGGCACCACUGUCGACACGGGAAUCGUCUCGCCUGAAGGAUUUGACUUCUACUUGUGCUCGCAUUAUGGAGUUCAGGGAACUUCGAGACCGGCCAGAUAUCAUGUGCUACUUGAUGAGAGCAAGUUCACCGCCGAUGAGAUUCAGAACAUCACCUAUGGCAUGUGCCACACUUAUGGUCGAUGUACUCGUUCGGUGUCGAUUCCAACACCAGUUUAUUAUGCGGAUUUGGUGGCGACGCGCGCCAGAUGCCAUGUGAAGAGAAAACUGGGUCUCGUUGACUCGAUGGAUUGCGAUACGAACUCGUUGACGUCUUCAUUGGCCUCAAUGAUGCACAUUGGAAAGCCGGGAAAGAAGAAAUCGCAAUUCCACAAUGAAAAUGAAAUGUUCAUGCGCAUGGAUGUCAGUUCGGACCAAGUCCUUCAAGAUUGCGUUUCGGUUGCCGGCGACUUCAAAAGUCGAAUAAUGGCUCUUCCAACCAAGGCGAUUCCAGUUGCUGUCAACGCUUCGCUCCGCUUGGGCGCUGUGCGUCAUUCGAGCUCUCAGCCAAAAGUGGCACUUCUCGGAGCCGCCGGUGGAAUUGGACAACCAUUGGGACUCCUUUUGAAGCAAGACCCGCUUGUUGCGAAGCUCGCGCUUUAUGAUGUUGUCAACACUCCGGGAGUUGCCGCUGAUUUGUCCCACAUCGACACCAACGCCAAGGUCACCGCCCACACUGGACCGAAGGAGCUCUACGCCGCUGUUGAGGAUGCCGAUGUCAUCGUGAUUCCGGCGGGAGUCCCACGUAAACCAGGAAUGACGCGCGAUGAUCUGUUCAACACCAACGCCGGAAUUGUUCGCGAUUUGACGGUGGUUAUCGCCAAGGCGGCGCCGAAAGCCUUCAUCGCCAUCAUCACCAAUCCGGUCAACUCGACGGUCCCAAUUGCUUCGGAGGUUCUCAAGAAGGCCGGAGUUUACGAUCCGAAGCGUGUUUUCGGCGUCACCACUUUGGACGUUGUUCGAUCGCAGGCUUUCGUCGCUGAGCUCAAGGGACUCGACGCCACCAAGACGAUUGUGCCGGUUGUUGGCGGUCACGCCGGCACCACCAUCAUUCCGCUUCUCUCGCAGACGAAGCCGGCUGUUCAGUUCACCGAGGAGGAGAUCGCCAAAUUGACGCCGAGAAUCCAGGAUGCCGGAACUGAGGUAGUCAACGCCAAGGCUGGCGCCGGAUCGGCGACACUUUCGAUGGCGUUGGCUGGAGCCAAAUUCGCAAAUGCUUUGAUCCGCGCGUUGAAGGGUGACAAGAAUGUGCAAUGCGCUUACGUCGCCUCCGACGCCGUCAAGGGAGUCGAAUAUUUCUCGACGCCACUUGAGCUCGGACCAAAUGGAGUUGAGAAGAUUCUUGGAGUUGGAAAGGUCACCCCAUUCGAGCAGAAGCUCAUUGAUGCCUCGGUUGCCGAAUUGAACAAGAACAUCUCGAAGGGAGUGUCAUUUGUCAAGGGAAACUAA